AAUCAACAAUCCGCCAUCUUUGUUCAGGGCAUGGUGACUUCCGGUCGGAGAGGAAGCGACCCUAACCCGGUUUCCGGGAGAUGCUGGAAUAGGAAGCAGCCGCGGCGGUGCUCCCGCCCGCCAGCAGCUCCCGUUCUCUGUCAUCGGCUCCCUCAAUGGAGUCCACAUGUUUGGGCAGAAUCUCGAGGUGCAGCUGAGCUCUGCGCGGACCGAGAACACCACCGUGGUGUGGAAAAGCUUCCAUGACAGCAUCACCCUCAUUGUUCUGUCAUCUGAGGAGGGCACCUCGGAGCUGAGACUAGAGAGACUGCUCCAGAUGGUGUUUGGGGCCAUGGUUCUUCUUGUGGGACUCGAAGAGCUGACCAACAUCAGCAAUGUAGAAAGACUGAAGAAGGAGUUGAGGGCCUGUUACCGCCUCAUUGACAGCUUCCUGGGGGACUCAGAGCUCAUUGGAGACCUGACCCAGUGCGUGGACUGUGUGGUUCCUCCAGAGGGAUCCCUCUUUCAGGAAGCCCUCUCCGGGUUCGCGGAGGCUGCCGGCACAGCCUUCGCCAGCCUCCUCGUGUCCGGCCGGGUGGUGACAGCAACAGAAAGCUGGUGGCGGCUGGGGACGCCGGAGGCCGUGCUACUUCCCUGGCUGGUGGGAUCCCUGCCGCCGCAGGCCGCCCGGGACUACCCGGUGUACCUGCCGCACGGCAGUCCCACGGUCCCGCACCGCCUUCUGACCCUGACGCUGCUGCCGGGCCUGGAGCUGUGUCUGCUCUGCGGGCCGCGCCCUCCCCUCAGCCAGCUGGAUCCACAGCUCCUGGACCGCUGGUGGCAGCCGACGCUGGACUCCCUGCGGGCCUGCCUUCCGCUGGGACCCCGAGCUCUGCCCGCUGGCUUCCCCCUGCACACGGACAUCCUCGGGCUGCUGCUCCUCCAUUUGGAGCUGAAGCGCUGCCUCUUCACCGUGGAGCCUUCAGGGGAUAAAGAUCCUUCCCCUGGGCAGCGUCGGUGCCUCCUCCGCUCCUUCUAUGCCCUAGUCACCGCCAUGCACUUCCCACCAGAACCCGGACAGCAGGAGGAGAAGGCGGAGGACACAGCCCAGCAGGCUCAAGUGCCGAGAGCCUGCUACCUGGUAUCGGGGACCGAGGAGCCAGGCACAGGGUGGCGUCUGGUGGCCCUCCAGUUGGGGCCACGGCGGCUGCUGCUGCUGCUGUCUGCUCAGAGCCCCUGCCAUGGGCUGCGGAGCCUGGCCACCCGCACGCUGCAGGCCCUCACCCCACUCCUCUGACAGAAAGGAAGCCGGGGCUGUU